AUGGAAGGAGACGUCUCCUCGGCGCCCCAGACAGACUGUGUGUGGGACUGUCUGGCAGACGAGGUGGUGUUGUGCGUGUUCCAUGCGCUGCUCCCUUCUCCCGGGUCAGUUCUCGGGGUCUCGAGCCUGGGCUGCGCGCAGGCGGAGGGGGAGGCGGCAUGCGCAGGGGACAACGAACUGCGUGCGCUGUGCCUACAGCUGCCGCGGUGGCCGGCUUCGCCUGCGCGGUCGGUCCAAGCGCGGGUGCCGGGCCUGGUGGGUCUGGUAGAGUUCACGGUGGGCCGGGUGCACACGCCGCUCGACGGGCCGCCGCAGGCCGCGCUCUGGCUGUAUCGUCGGCCCAACGACCGCGGAGCCGGCGUCGAUGACGAGUGGCGGAGGACUCAGUCGUCAAUCGCCUGUCCGGAGCCGUUUGCCAACUGGAAGGCCUGCUAUGCGUGGCACGCGGGGUGGCUCGACAGGGAGCUGGCGCACCUGUGGGAAGGCCGGUUGCCCGACAUGCGCUGUCUUGUCCUCUUGUGUUUGAUGGCGCAGGAGGUAUUGAACAGGGAGCCCAACGUGCUGCGCCUCUCGUCGCCUAUCACCGUGGCUGCCGGGCCUCGUGGCCAAUUCGCAGACCUCGUCAAGUUGAUGCGUCUCGUCUUGGAAGGCAAGGAGCCGCCGGCGACCAAGUACCUGUUCCUGGGCGGCUACACGGAGCGGGGCGGCACCGGCCUGCAAUGCUUCCUCCUGCUUCUCGCACUCAAGGUGAGAUACCCGGAUCACGUCUACCUGCUGCGCGGCGGUAAGGACAACGCCUCCAUGUCGCGCCUCUACGGCCUCUACGACGAGUGCAAGAAGUACGGCAGUGUUCGCUCGUGGAAGCUGCUGGUGUCGACCUUCCAAUGCCUCCCGCUGGCCGCGGUGAUCGACGAAAGGACGUUCUGUGUGCAUCAUGGAAUGUCGCCUAAGCUGCACACGCUCAACGACAUGGACGCGCUGGCCAGAAAUGAGUUGGCUGAGGAUGAGGCACCGCUGUGCGACCUCCUGUUCUCGGAGCCCCAAGACAGCCCCUGCUGGGUGCCAAACGAAGACCUGUUCGGCUAUCUAUGGGGACCAGACGUCACCGAGUGGUGGAACAGCAACAACGGGCUCGAGUUCCUUGUGAGGAGCGGAGGCUACAUCGCGGAGGGCUAUGAGAAAAAGCACGGCGGCCGGGUGAUUUCGCUUUGCAGCGCGCCUGACUGGUGUGGGACACUCAAGAACCCGGGAGCCGUGCUGUUGAUCGAUCGCUCCUCGAUGCGCAUUCUUUUGUUUGAGGCUGCAUCGGACUGCAUGCGCGGGUUGCCCAUCCGGAGCGAAGACCUUCACCUGGCGGUCAGCCACGGUGAAGUGCUGCCCACCGACCAUCGCGGUGCAGAGUUGUAA